AUGGCGACUGCAAAUGCUGCAAAUGCUGCAACUGCUGCAAACCCUUCCAUGGCCGUCAAUUCCAAUGUGAAUGCCGAGAAAAAUAAUAAUCAUAAUAAUAAUCUAAAACUUAAAUCCUCCAGUUUUGAUUUGAAAUUCACCGGGAAUCACUCUACCGUUGCGACCCCCUUUAAUCCGACAAAUCCAAUUAAGAAGGAGCCAUUUCGUACGAGGAUAUUAAAUUCAUUCACUGGGGGUCCGGCUAGAUCAGGGUCACCUAAAUCAGCAUCGUCGCGUCGAACAUUAUCUUAUCCCACGCCUACACCCAACAGAGCUUCCGUCACGACCAAUACUUCCACGAAACCUCAACACGAAACAGCAUCACACAUCGUCGCAUCGGAAAAAAAUGCAAGGAAAGUGCCUGCUUAUCCCAAUGGCAAGAAUGGAAUAGCGGCCGAAGUCUCAAAAGAAUCAACUUCGACCAUGUUAUCUCCAGGAGCAUCGUACGUCUCACAAACAACGAAUUGGAUUGCGGACCAAUCUCACUUGGAUCAAUCUCCUCCUCCUUCUUCGACAUCAUAUGCACCACAAUCAUCCUUGGAGAAUACACCAUCGCGACCGGUCCUCUUACCGGCGAGGGGCUUCAACAACAAUAAUAAAAUGGAACACGACCUGGCAGAGAGGGAAUCUGCAUUGAGGAGUCUAGAGGGACGGAACCCUCGGAGAGAAUUACAGGAUGAACGAAAUUCUGAUGAAGCCGACUUGUUCUUGCAGGUUGCGCAAGAGGAAGAUGAUAUGAAUAGGCAGAAGAAUCCAGUCUUCAAUAGAUUAGAUUCUAGAAAGUCCCGCAUUGCUAUGCGCCAAUCUCUCCCUGCUCCUAACUUCCGAUCUGCGUAUUUUCGUCGGGAAGCCGAUCAAGAAACAAAGCCAACAGCUCGUUACGCGGAAGAAGCAGAAGGUCUACCACAGGUAUUGGGAGAUAACCCAUCUGCAAGGACAGGACCUGCUACUUCAACAACCUCUAUUCCGAGCGAGCAAAGGAAGCGAUCGUAUGCAACCGCAUCCCUGUCAAACCCUACAACUCCACGAACGAAUAACCGGGAAGGCGACUACGAAUCACAGUCAUACCUAGGGCGACGACCGUCUAUACAGGACCGAACAAUUACUGCCUACCGACAGUCCAGCUUGUCUACUUCGUACUCCAUUCCCCGAACUACUACUUAUCAUUCUUCUCCACUUGUGGCGCAACCGAUGGAGAUCGGCGAACAACAUGAAACACAGCGUGCAACAGAAGGCACUGCAUCGACCGUGUCCACCACUGCGCCUUCAACUGUUUGGGACGAGCUAGAUGAUCUGAAAUCGCGUAUACAUAGAUUGGAAUUGACGGGCAAAUUGCCGACAACAUCUGGUGCAGCUGUCUCUCGAGCCACCCACGAGCGACCUCCCACCGCUGCCACAACUGAAACUACCAUGUCAACAUCUCCAAAACGUGGACGUGGUAAUAGCAUAUCGCCAACUGAAGCUCCUUCCGUAGAUGUGUCCAAGGUGGAAAACCAUCCUCUCUUGCGAUCCGCAUUAUUAAAUUCGAAGCCUCUAUUGGACCCCGAAAUAUACAAAUCUUUGGAGGCUACAGCAAAUGACGCCUUGGCAAUCUCUGCGAUGAUGGGAACCUCCGGUCAACCCGGGCCGAUAUCAAGUUCCCAAUCAUCCAUUGGCGGAGCACAUUCCAAUUUCUCUGAUCGACAAGUCCGCCGAAAAGCAGACAGUUUAUGUCGCAGUUUAACGGAACUUUGUCUUUCAUUGUCGGAACGAAGAUCAAAUGAUCACGAUGCUACUCUGACACAGCUUCGACAGAAUGUUCGUGGUCAGGAUGUCGAACUUCGACAAACUGUAGAGCCUGUUAGCCCAAGGCAGCCGCCUUCUAUUGAUAUAGCAAAGUUGAAGGCGAGCCCAAGAUCAUACAGCCGUCUCGAGGCCCGAAGGAGCACCCUUCUAGGAACAAACGCAUUGCCGACUUUGAGAUAUCCACCACCUGAGAACACGGCACCAGCGCAAAGCUUGGCAGCAGGACGUCGUACAUCUCUGUUACUUCGCAGUCGACGCGCUGAGACCGAAGAUCCCCAAGAAACAGUGGAGGCUCGAUUUCGGGCACCCUCAAGAGCUAAAACGGACGUCGGACGCAGGGGAGAAAUUCCGCGGGAGGAAAUGCAACGUUCUCACUUCCCCGAAGACGAUAUGAGAUCCGGCACAGCCACAUCGUCACUAGCACUCAGAAGGUCAUAUACGACAUCCCUCAGUCCCAACAGGGCGCCACAGCCCUCUCCGCUCACACAAAUCAACACCGGCAGAAGAUAUUAUGAACGAACACCGGAGAGAGAGAUUCUCGUAAACUCAAGUCUAAGCGGCAGUGGUGGUGGUCGCAGAUACCUAGAGCGAACUCCCGAUAGGGAUACUACAAGCCUUUCGGGAAGAUUGGCCGAGGAGCGCGGGCAGAGAAAAGUAUCUGGCCCCUUAGGAUUGGGCGGCAGAAGCAGAGCCGGCAGCCUUAUGAGAAGUAAGGAUCCAUUAGGCCCUUCGCAAUCUGGUUCUUACCAGUAA